AUGUUAUCAUAUAAUAUUGCCAUACAUUUACUCCUUUCAGUGGCAGCACAGAAAUGCACUUUGUUUCAUGGCCCACAGGACAAGGCUUCUUGUAAAGUUGAAGUACAGGAAGUUUUCCGGGUCAUAAAACAGAGAUUAGACGAUAUUCAAGAUAAGGCCACUUACCGAGGAGAUUUUCCCGUAGCCAAUUCCAUUUAUGGAAUUGGUAAUACUAUAAACGCUGCCAAUUACGCACAAAUGAAUGCGUUAGAAAAAAUGGGCACCAUCCAUCCUGAAGCAAUUAAGAUAACAAUAGAAGAAUUGCAAGAAUUUUAUAGAGGUCAAGGAUUGGACAUGUAUUGGAAAGAAAAUUAUAUUUGUCCAACCGAAGAGGAAUAUAAAAUUGUGGCAAGCAAAUGUGGUUGGUUUCCAAGGUUGGCAUAUAAGUUAAUGAAAUUAUUUUCUUUGUACAAAGAAGAUUUAUCACCGUUAAUAUAUAUCGCAUUAUAUUAUCAGAUAUAUGACAAUUAUUGCAAUUUGUGUCAGGAAACUGAUGAUGAUCACAAUUAUUUUUCGGAUUUAUCUGAAGGAAAAUUUAGCUUUCCUGUAAUUCACGAAAUUACAAGAAAUCCCAAGGAUAAACAAAUAUUAAAUAUUUUAAAACAACGGACAACCGACAGAAAGAUGAAACGGUACGGCGUAAAUUUACUAGAAAAUUUAGGUUCUCUCAAAGUCACGAAUGAUGUACUUGAGAAAUUAAAGAAGGAAAUAGAAAUAGAAAUUAAACGUUUAGGGGAACAUUCACGUUUCCUAAGUUACUUACCUUUGAAGAAUUGGAAAAGUACUAUACCAUAA